AUGAGCUCCCUCCGCUUCAGUUCCGCUUUUGCGCGUCGUUCCCUCCACGCCUGCGCCCCUCCUCGAUCUGCCCCUCUCCAUUCCUCCGCUGUUCGCUUUUCUUCCCUUACCUCUUCUACUUCUUCUGUCUCCUCGACUUCCUCCUCUUCCUUCUCUACCUCUGCUGCUGUAGCUCGCCCUCAGCGUACUCUUGCUUCGUCCUCGCUCCCUGCUUCUUCCCGCUGGUCCGGAGUAACCUCGUUUCGUUUGACCCAAUCGCGCACCAUGGCCACCGAAGGUACCAAGAUCAAGGUCAAGAACCCAGUCGUUGAACUGGAUGGCGAUGAGAUGACCCGUAUCAUCUGGCAGGAGAUUAGAGAAAAAGUAAGUUCUUCUUACCUUGACAUUGACCUCAAGUACUACGACUUGGGUAUUGAGUACCGUGACCAGACCGAUGACAAGGUCACAGUCGAGGCUGCUGAGGCCAUUAAGAAGUAUGGUGUCGGUGUCAAGUGCGCCACCAUCACCCCUGAUGAGGCCCGUGUCGAGGAGUUCAAGCUGAAGAAGAUGUGGCUCUCUCCCAACGGUACCAUCAGAAACAUUCUCGGUGGAACGGUCUUCCGUGAACCCAUCGUCAUUCCCCGUAUUCCUCGUCUUGUCCCCGGCUGGAACAAGCCCAUCAUCAUUGGUCGUCACGCCUUCGGUGACCAGUACCGUGCUACCGACAUUGUCGUCCCUGGGCCCGGUAAGCUCGAGCUCGUCUACACCCCCGAGAACGGUGAGCCCCAGGCGAUCAAGGUCUACGACUUCACCGGCGGCGGUGUUGCCCAGACCCAGUACAACACCGAUGCUUCCAUCCGUGGCUUCGCUCACUCCAGCUUCAAGAUGGCCCUGAUGAAGGGUCUGCCCCUGUACAUGAGCACCAAGAACACCAUUCUGAAGAAGUACGAUGGCCGCUUCAAGGAUAUCUUCCAGGAGAUCUACGAGUCUACCUACAAGAAGGAGUUUGACGCCAAGGGCAUCUGGUACGAGCACCGUCUCAUUGACGACAUGGUUGCUCAGAUGAUCAAGAGCGAGGGUGGUUUCGUUAUGGCUCUGAAGAAUUACGACGGUGAUGUUCAGUCCGAUAUCGUCGCUCAGGGUUUCGGCUCCCUUGGCCUAAUGACCUCCACCCUGACCACCCCUGAUGGUAGCGCCUUCGAGUCCGAGGCCGCCCACGGCACUGUCACUCGUCACUACCGUGAGCACCAGAAGGGCCGCGAGACCUCCACCAACCCCAUUGCCUCUAUCUUCGCCUGGACCCGUGGUCUGGUCCAGCAGCUCGAGCGCGCCUGCAUUGACGUCGUCAACGAGGAGGGCAUCAUGACCAAGGACCUGGCUCUGGCCUGUGGCCGCAAGGAGCGUGAGGCCUGGGUUACCACCAAGGAGUACUUGGCUGCUGUUGAGCGCAGACUCAAGUCUAACCUCAAGGCCAGACUGUAA